AUGGCUGAGGCCCGUGCCAUGGCCGACUCGGCCGUGUACCGGGGAAAGCGGCACAGCUACGACUACGUGAUUCAGCACAUGCGCACCCCAAUCUGGCGCGCCGGUGACACCCCAACAGAGGUCGUCACCAACUUUGCCAACAUCGUCUACGCAGCCACCAAGAGCCGCGUGCGCCGUAUCCGCCGUGCCAUCAUCAACGCCCUCGCUCUUCGCUACAAGGGUUUCCUCUACGACCCACCCAAACGCCCCCGCUUCCGCACGAUUCUCUGGCUGUUCAUUGUGAAGGUUCUUGAAGGGUUUGGACGGCCACUGACGUACUCCUUCCAACGCGUGCUCCCACCCCUGCCAGUGCCGCCGUUGAAGGAGACGUGCCGGCGGUAUCUCGAGAGCGCGCGGCCGCUGCUUGACGAAGCAGAGUACGACCGCAUGGUGCGCCUCGCCGAUGAGUUCCAGCGCAACGAGGGCCGCACCUUCCAGCUCUUCCUCAAGCUCAAGUCAUACUGGGCGACGAACUACGUGACGGACUGGUGGGAGCGCUUUGUGUAUCUGCGGUCCCGCGGGUCUCUCAUGAUCAACUCCAACUACUACAUCAUGGACGCGUACAAGUGGCAGCCCACCCACCAGCAGGUGGCCCGCGCAGCCAACCUCAUCCACUACUUUGUCCAGCACAAGCGAAUGCUUGACCGGGAGCAGCUGCCGCCGCUUCAGAUCCAGGGCGUCGUCCCCCUGUGCAUGUCCCAGUACCCGCGCACCUUUGGCACCACCCGCAUCCCGCAGCGCGACGAAGACGUGAUCCUGCAUGUGCCGAGCAAGCACAUCACUGUGCUGUGCAAGGGCCACUUCUACAUUGUGCAGAUUGUCGGGCCAAAGGGCGAGCAACUCACCCCACGCGACUACGAAAAGUGCGCCCACAUGUGUGUGUGUGUGUGUGUGUGUGCCUUAUCAGUACGUACUAGAAAUGAUAGGUACAAAGACUCAAUGCGUAGUCGGACAACGAUAUCGAGCCACCGUACGAUCAGCGUACAAGGCGAACAGAGGAAUGAGAUAAACCGUUUUAGAGCCUUCUUCGUGACACUCGAUGACAGCUCGCCCAGCAUGCCGAGCGACCAGAUUACGGAGGCAAACGAGAUUGCGCUCGCCCUCAUCCACGGCAACGGCCACAGCAUCUGGUUUGACAAGUCCAUGACCUUGAUUGUCUUCAAGAACGGCCGCUGCGGUGUCAACUGCGAACACACGUGGGGCGAUGCGCCUGUCGCUGCGCACGCGUUUGAGUCUGCACUCGCUCGCGAAUUCAACGGCCCAGGCUAUGACCAGUCGACGGGCAUGAACAAGGCUGUGCCGCAGCGCCGCGUGGAUCUCCAGCCGCCGCUGCGUCUGCGGUUCGCGUUUGAGCCCGAGGCCGAGCCCAUCCUGCGCCAGUGCGUCGAGAAAGUCGAGGGCGACAUUGCCGACCUUGACCUGCGCGUGUUUGUGCACGACGCAUACAGCAAAGGCUUUAUGAAGAAGUGCAAGGUUUCCCCCGACGCCUGGCUGCAAAUGGCCCUCCAGCUCGCAUACUACCGCGAUCAGGGAAGGUUUGCCCAGACAUACGAAGCCUCCAUGACGCGCUUGUUCCGCGAUGGCCGGACGGAGACGGUUCGCCCCGUGACGAUGGAGAGCGUCGCCUUUGCCCGCGCAAUGUGCGACAGCUCAACAUCGAAGGAAGAGCGCAUCGAACUCCUCCGAAAGGCCGCUUCCGUUCAUGUGCAGCACUUCAAGGACGCAAUGGCCGGCAAGGGCAUCGACCGCCACCUGUUUUGCCUGUAUGUCGUGUCUGUCUGGCGCGGUACCAAGUCCCCGUUCCUUGAAGAGGUGCUGAGCGAGCCGUGGUACCUCUCCACCAGCCAGACUCCAGUCCAGCAGACGGCCCUCUUCGACCUCAAGAACAACCUCGACAAGAUCAGCGCCGGUGGUGGGUUUGGUCCCGUGACGGACGACGGCUAUGGUGUCAGCUACAUUGUCUCCAGUGACGGGGUUGUCGGCUUCCACGUUGCCAGCAAGAAGUCCAGCGACAAGACGGACUCGUCACGCUUUGUGAAGAACAUUGUUGAUGCAAUGGCCGACAUUCGCCAACUGUUCCUCUAGGCGCUCUCAACUGUCCCCACCCCUCGUGUGUCUCCGUGUGCAAGUGCUGUGCUUUUUGUGUGCGUACGAGCGCUGUGGCACAGUGGGCGUGUUUGAAUGGGCUGCUGCGAUCACAGGCGUUCCUGUUCACGCGCACUUGUGUGGGUGCUUGCCUUGCGCUACUGUGAGCAGUAGUGCCUGGUCGCGUACGUGACUGAACACUCAGUGUUUGCUUCACACCACACGAACCCGUUCCUUGAUCUCUUUGUUUCUUUGCGUUGCGUUGCGUUGUUGCUGUUACACCCUACCAUCCAGCUUCCCAUAUGUGUGUUUUCCUUCUCUCUGUUCGUCUCUCACCGACCGCCAGCCUUGCUUUCUGGCCUUGUGUGUUUCAUCCUACUCUUGUGCGUGCCAAGCCCCAAUGACACAACCUCCUGAAAUCCCACAC